AUGGCGACCGUUCCAGUAAACCCUAAGCCGUUUCUUAACGAUCUCACGGGGAAGCAAGUCAUCGUGAAGUUGAAAUGGGGCAUGGAGUACAAAGGCUAUCUCAUGUCUGUCGACGCCUAUAUGAACCUCCAGCUAGCGAGCACGGAAGAGUACAUCGACGGUCAGUUCAUGGGAAGCCUUGGUGAAGUGCUCAUCAGAUGCAACAACCCAGGAAAGAGAGAGACGGUUAACACGCCGAAAGGCAAGCUUUGUAAGGCUCUCUGCGCUCCUCGCUCUUCUGGUCGCGAUUUCGGUCGCCCUGCUUGUGCCCUCCGCUUAUGCGGAGUCCAGCGCCAUCGCCACUUCAGAUUUUGA